CUCCAUCCGGUCCUCCCUCCCCACCACUCAGGUCCUACCCAGGCCACUCCCAGUCAAUUAGGCCACCUUUAACAUGACAAUGAUUCGGGAAGGUCUGUCUGCCGCAAGGCGGGCCAUAAAAGGUAUCCCAAGGAGGCUGAGGGGCUUCUAUAACUCUUCCCGUUAGGCUUCCGCGUUCCACCCAUGAACGCCCCGCUGGCCAUAAAUACUGCUUAUCGAGCCUACACCUCCGGAGUGGCGGUCCCCGGAAUGGGUUAUGAGCAGUAUUACUGGCCUUCCCCAGAGGAGAAAGCGCAGGAGCCGGUGCACAGUUCGGAGGGGGGCCCUCCCCCAGAAGAUUUAAGUGACGUGGAGGAAAAGCCGCCCCACAAAAACCCAAAUCUUUCUCCAAGUUCUGGAAUAUUAAUUCUUUACACCCCCGACUCUGCUACCAGUCCCAACAGACAGUCCUCUUCUCCACAGCUCACUUCUACACCCCAGAAAUACAAGGAGGAAAAUCCAGGAAGCAGGAAAGCCAAAACACGCACAGCUUUCUCUCAAGAGCAAUUGGAGAUACUGCACCACCGAUUUCAGAGCCAAAAGUAUCUCAGUCCACAACAGAUUCAAGAACUGGCUGCAGCCUUGAAACUCACUUACAAACAGGUAAAAACGUGGUUUCAGAAUCAACGGAUGAAGUUUAAGCGAACUCAGAAAGAAACUCUGUGGAUGAGAAAAGGAAUGUGCCAAACUCAGAAUAGUUAUUUGGAUAUAAACCCAAGCUAUCAUGAAGGUUACAGUAUUGGUGAGGCCAGGAACAUCCAUUCACUGGCUGCUGUGCAUGAGAACUACAUCAGCAAUCAAAACUAUAGCAGUAACCAAAGUUAUAAUAGUGACCACAACCAGGCCUACUGUAGUCCUCAGAAUUUUUAUCCAGUUGGUGAGGAUGGGAGCUUCUUUGGAAAAGCUGGUGGGGCCUGUUAUAGUCCACAAACCAUCAACUAUAUCAACCACCAAAAGAUGAAUUUUUAUCCUGGCUUCUCUCCAAGCAUGGAGUAUGCCACCAUGAAGAUGGAAGAUGGGUAUACCUUCCAAAAUGCAUCUUCUGCUGCAUUACCAGGACCCCCUGUCCUCCAGCACUAUCAAAGUCCUCUACAAACUCAAGGACCACGGAGCAACUGUAACUCCUAAGCUUUCUUGCUUUUGUAGUCUUCUUUAUUUUGCCAAAGUCACCUACCUCUUCCCACUCCCUCCAGCAAAGGGACCGUGGCACUUUUCAAAAGCUAGGCAUAGACAAGAGUGUGUUUGUGUAUGGGUGUAAGUGAUUCUGAACUUGACUUUCAUUACGUCUCUCCUGGCUGGCCUCUAGGAAGAGAUUUAAUAUGGAAGGCAGUUCUCAUUCAGGAAAUGAGAAUUCACGGAACAUCAGAAUUAUUAGCUCUGUGCAUGACUUGCCUUUAGUUCCCCCCCACCAUCACUUAAUGCCAUUUUAUAAAUAAUUUAGCUGGAGUUCAGAUACAAGUACAGUUGGGAAUGUGGAUUGGUUGAAUUUUUCAACAAAUUGAGAUCAUUUUGCAUCUGGCCAAUUUGAGAUUUUUAAUAGCAUUAACAAUUAAAAUCCAGGAAUCAA